UUUUUUGCUAGGCUAACAGUGUGACAGACUUAACAGAAGUAAUAGUUAAACUCGGAUCUGCAGGAAGAUAGUGUUUUGUUAGAUGGAGGAAGGUUCAAGGAACAGCAUAUAUUAAACCAUGGAGGCACAGAAAGUUUAUAGAAUGAAAGGUUUGUACAGAGCUUUUUGUUGUUAAGCACAUACUUAACAAAAUCUUGAAUAUAUGUGACGAAAUCACUGUGCUGUACACUUGUAGCUAACACAACAUUGUAAAUUAACUAUACUUCAAUAAGAAAUCUUGUUCAAGAAAAUUUAAAACAGACAAAAGUAGACAGGAUAAUAUAACGAACCCUCAUGUGCACCUAACCAAACUUUAACAGUUAUCAGCAUUCUGCUGUUCUUGUUUGAACAGUUUUAAAUUUUCUAGGUACUUUUUAUAUCCAUUAUCACAUUUGAUUAAUGGCAGCUUUCAAUUUGAGCUCAAUUCUACUGUAUCUAGGUACUGGCUAGGAAGAUUAUAUUCAUUUUAUUUGAAAAUCUCUUUGGGUUUUAGUUAACUGCUUGCUCUGUUGAAUCAAAAGUGUGACAUGGCACAUUGUAAAGCAAUUAUACUCCAAUAAAGAUGUUAAAAAAAAAAAGUGUGACAUGGCUACUUUAAAAACAUAUCUGGAAAAAAAAGUCUGAUACUUUUUUAGGAUGUAACAUAGAAAUUUAGUGUCCAGGUCAAGGAACUUAGUGUUUCUACUCUAUUCUGUGUAUCCAGCUACUUAAGGAGAUUUAUGUUCAGUUCUGGAGACCACAUUUUUAGGCAAACUAAAGCUCUUGUGUGGAAGGCUGAUCAGAACAGAGAGGAAUUUGGACAUUGUCAGGUCAGGAAGAACUGGGGUUGAUGAAUUUUUAGAAGACCUCAUAACACUUUUCAAAUACUGAAGGACUGUUUUGAAAGGAGUGAACUUAUUUCCUUAAACUGUAGAAGCCACAGUUGGAAAUAAAAGCUCCAAGUCAUCAGGUUUCAGCCCAAUAGUAGAAAAAGUACCUUAUAACAGUGAGAGCUGUGGAGGGGUGGAAUGGGCAGCUUCAUGAGAGGGAGCACUUCCUUUCCCUUGCUGAAAGUGUUCAGGGAUCCAGCACAAGACUAAUUCCUGAAUUACGUGGAUGUGUGCACUGAAUUACCUAUGAGUCUUCCACUUUGAGAAUUCUGGGAAGUGGGACUUACGCUGGGCCUGAAAGGCUGGGCAGAUUUUAGUAAGUAGAUCUGGAGGGAAAGGAGUCAUUUCAGAGAGUAAACGCAAAGAAAAAUAUAAGUUUGGAGUUGGCUCAACACUAUCACUAGCAACUUCUCUUGAGAACUGACAUUGUUUAUGCUAUUCCUUUUUCAUUCUCGUCUCUAUUAAGUCUUUUUCCGAAAAAUAGAAACUUACUAGGUUUUUUACUCUGUUAGGUCAUAAUUUCCAGGUCAUUUUCUCUUCACUGAGAUCAAGACCAAAUGGUCUAUCCGUCUCAGAGAUUGUUUUAAGAUUGCAAGUGGAAGAGGUAGCCGCUGUGGUCCUGAUGUCAUUCCUUUCUGUCUUUCUUAGGAUCUUGUACAGUGAUUUUAUUUUCUUUUUCUUGUAUUUUCAGUCCCUUUCAUUUUUUAAAAAAAUUAUUUAUUUAUUUUCCUGCUCCAGGUCUUAGUUGGGUCACACAGGAUCUUAGUUGUGGCUGUGGAAUCUUUGGUUGCAGCAUGCAGGAAUCUAGUUCCCUGACCAGGGAUCAAACCUGGGCCCCCUGCAUUGGGAGCACAGCGUCUUAACCACUGGACCACCAGGGAAGUCCCUUCAGUCCCUUUCAUUCUAAAGCCUUUUCUUUUAGCUGCUAUCUACAAAUCUGUUUGCGUCUCCCCUGCUCACAAGGUCGAGAGGUUUUCUCCUUCUCCACCAGAUUUCUUGAGUAAUUGAAAGGCCUUGUCUUUAGUUCCGCACCACCCCUCCCACCUUUUCUCAAGUCUUUGUUUUCUAGUGUCUACCCACAGCGCUUCACAGAAAUUAUGUGAUCUCCCAACGCCAAAUUCUUCAAUGCCUUUCUGUUGCCUACCAAAUUAAAAUUUAUGCAGGUUCCUUAGUUUGAGAUUCACAGUGCCUUGUACCUUGUGACUGAAUUACUGUUCCAGCUUUAUCUUUCAUUUUUCUGUUGCUUGUGUCCUGUGUUUCAACCAAAGACUAAACUUGUAUUCUCCAAAUAUAUCCUCUGUAUCUUUGCUUAUUGCUGCCCUACCUGCUACCCUUUCUUUUUUCCUUGUGAUAAAACCUAAUCAGCUCCAGUGCUACUUCCCUUAGGAAGUUUUCUAUGGUUACUUUUAACUCAAUGUGAUCCCUCUGUCCUCUAAGUUCCGACAUUGGACCUUGCUUACGUUUCCCUUAUGAGGGUGUGUGUGUGUGUGUGUGUGUGUGUGUGUGUGUGUGUGUGUGUGUGUGUGUGUGUGUGUAUGAUUUGUCUUUUUCUCCCUAGUUGAUUAUAAAGUGACUGAUUUCAGGAAUUAUUUUAUUUGUCUUGUUCGCACCACUGUGCCUCAUAUUCUACUAGAAACUGUCGACUCAGAGAAAAACACACAAGAUGAGAGUUGUGAGUUUAAGUUUUAUUCAGGGUCUUGCUGAGGACUAUAGCCCAGCUAACAGCCACUUAGCCCUGAGGAAACUGCUCUGAAGAGGUUUUAUUCAGGAAUACUGUGCCUAUCCCUCAACGUAGUUUCAUCUUUCUGGGUAAAUGACUUUCGUGCCAGUGAUACCAGAGUCCUACAACCAUGUUCUUGCAGAAUUUGAGUCUCUGGAUCCAUUACUUUCAGCCCUGAGGCUGGACUCCGCUCGUCUAAAGUGCACGAGCAUAGCUGUGUCUCGAAAAUGGUUGGCUUUGGGCAGUUCAGGAGGAGGACUCAAUCUCAUUCAGAAAGAAGGAUGGAAGCACAGGCUUUUUCUUUCGCACAGGGAAGGUACAAUUUCUCAGGUCGCCUGUUGUUUACAUGAUGAUGAUUAUGUUGCUGUGGCUACCAGUCAAGGUCUUGUAGUUGUUUGGGAAUUAAAUCAAGAGCGUCGUGGGAAACCAGAACGAAUUUAUGUGUCUUCAGAACACAAAGGCCGAAAAGUUACAGCUCUCUGUUGGGAUACAGCUAUUCUUAGAGUUUUUAUAGGUGAUCAUAUGGGGAAAGUUUCUGCCAUCAAACUCAACACUUCUAAACAAGCAAAGGCGGCUGCUGCCUUUGUGAUGUUUCCUGUUCACACAAUAACAACAGUUGACUCCUGUGUUGUCCAGUUAGAUUAUUUGGAUGGAAGAUUACUUAUAUCUUCACUUACUCGAUGCUUCUUAUGUGAUACUGAGAGAGAAAAAUUUUGGAAAAUUGGAAACAAGGAAAGAGAUGGAGAAUACGGAGCUUGUUUCUUCCCUGGAAGAUGUUCUGCCAGCCAGCAGCCCCUAAUAUACUGUGCCCGCCCUGGCUCCAGGAUGUGGGAAGUGAACUUUGAUGGAGAAGUUAUAAGUACACAUCAGUUUAAGAAACUCCUCUCAUCACCACCUCUUCCUGUGAUUAAUCUAAGAUCAGAACCUCAGUAUGAUCAUACGGUUGGAUCCUCCCAGUCUUUGUCUUUCCCCAAACUCUUACAUCUUAGUGAGCAUUGUGUGCUGACUUGGACAGAAAGAGGAAUUUAUAUUUUCCUUCCUCAGAAUGUUCAAGUUCUUCUUUGGAGUGAAGUCAAGGAUAUUCAGGAUGUGGCUGUCUGUAAGAAUGAGCUGUUCUGUUUGCACCUAAAUGGGAAGGUCUCCCAUCUUUCCCUGUUAUCUGUGGAACGUUGUGUGGAACGCCUGCUAAGGAGAGGCCUGUGGAACCUGGCUGCUCAAACUUGCUGUCUUUUCCAGAAUUCCGUCAUUGCCAGCAGAGGAAGAAAAACUUUGACUAUAGAUAAAUUGGAACAUUUGAAAUCUCAGCUGGACUUAACAACCUAUGGUGAUCUGAUUUCCCAACUGGAAGAAUUGAUCUUAAAAUUUGAACCUUUGGAUUCAGCUUGUAGCAGUAGAAGAAGCUCCAUUUCAUCACAUGAAAGUUUCAGCAUCUUGGACUCUGGUAUUUAUCGUAUCAUUAAUAGUAGAAGAGGCAGUCAGUCAGAUGAAGACUCUUGUUCCCUUCACAGCCAAACCCUCUCAGAAGAUGAGAGACUUAAAGAAUUCACCUCACAUCAAGAAGAGGACCAACCAGAUCAGUGUUGUGGUUCACACGGAAAUGAAGACAAUGUUUCACACGCUUCAGUGAUGUUUGAGACAGAUAAGAAUGAAACUUUUCUCCCCUUCGGCAUUCCACUGUCAUUUCGUUCUCCAUCUCCUCUUGUGUCUCUUCAGGCUGUCAAGGAAAGCGUUUCUAGCUUUGUGCGUAAAACUACUGAGAAGAUUGGCACCCUUCAUACGAGCCCUGAUCUGAAAGUGAGACCAGAACCCAGGUGUGAUGAGCAGUCAUGUGAAGAGGAUGUGGGUCCAGUCACUUGCCCAAAGGAGGAAGACACUGAGGGAAAAGAGGAAGUAACUAGUCAACCUCCAGAAGAGGACAAGUUUCAAGAGCUCAGAAUGGCAACAGCAGAAGCAAUGACCAAGCUACAGGACCCACUGGUACUGUUUGAACCACAGUCUCUGAAAAUGGUUUUACAGGAGUGGCUUUCACAGUUAGAAAAAACAUUUGCCAUGAAGGACUUUUCAGGCAUUUCAGAUACUGGCACCUCAUCCAUGGAAUCAAACCAGGGUAUGCUAUUGCUUGAUGAGUCAAAAAAGGGAAUAUUAGACGAAGAAGAUGAAAAAGAAAAAAGGAACUCUUUAGGCAAUGAAGAAACUGUUGAUCAAGCAGCGUGUGACUCUGUAAAUAGUCUGAGGGAGUCCCUGGAUGAUGAUAUUUUUCAAGUAUGUUCUCCAUGCAGUAUACCAGGCAGUCUUCAGAAGGACCUGGCUGAAGUGACAACAUUGUGUUUGGAACUGAAUGUAUUGAAUUCUGAGAUCAAAAGUGCAAGUAGACAUGUAGACCACACUUUGCAACAGUGCUCUCCUGAAAUUCUGGCUUGUCAGUUCCUAAAGAAGUACUUUUUUCUUCUGGACUUGAAAAGAGCAAAGGAGAGCAUCAAGCUGAGUUAUACUAACAGUCCUUGUGUUUGGGAUACUUUUAUUGAAGGAUUGAAAGAAAUGGCAAGUUCCAAUCCUACAUAUAUAAAGAUGGAAGAAGGAGACCUUCCAACGAGAUUAAAGUUAUUGGAUGACUUGGUCUCUUUUGACAGUCCUUUGUUGAUUGCUUAUGCUACCCGAUUGUAUGAGAAAUUUGGAGAAUCUGCCCUUCGAUCCUUAAUCAGGUUUUAUCCAUCCAUUUUGCCUUCAGAUGUCAUGCAACUUUGUCAUCAUCAUCCUGCUCAGUUUUUGGCUUAUUUAGACAGUCUGGUAAAAUCAAGGCCUGAAGAUCAACGGUCAUUCUUCCUUGAGUCCCUCCUACAACCAGAGUCUUUAAGAUUGGAUUGGCUGCUGUUGGCAGUGUCCCAUGAUGCUCCCCCAAGCACCAGCACUAUGGACGAUGAAGGAGACCCCAGGCCUCAUUCCCACUUGUUUUCCUGGGGUUACAGUCAGCUAAUCCUUCAUCUAAUUAAACUUCCUGCAGAUUUUACAACAAAAGAGAAAGUGACUGACAUCUGUAGGUCUCAUGGUUUCUGGCCUGGAUAUCUUAUCCUCUGUUUGGAGCUGGGGAGAAGAAGAGAGGCCUUCACGAAUAUUGUGUAUCUGGAUGAUAUGAGCCUGAUGGAAGGGGACAAUGGUUGGAUCCCAGAGACUGUGGAGGAAUGGAAGCUUCUCCUACACCUGGUACAGAACAAGAGCACAAAGCCAGCCCCCCAGAAGUCACCAAAUGGGAACUUCAGCGAUGGGCCUUCCCCUAUCAACGUGGAGAAUGUGGCACUCCUGUUAGCUAAGGUCAUGGGCCCAGACCGGGCCUGGUCACUGCUACAAGAAUGUGGUUUGACCCUUGAGCUGUCAGAGAGGUUUACCAGAACCUGUGAUAUCCUGAGGAUUGCCGAGAAAAGGCAGAGAGCCUUGAUACAAAGCAUGCUUGAAAAAUGUGAUCGGUUUCUCUGGUCUCAGCAGGCCUAAUUGAAGAAGAGUCAGCAGGGUGUCAUGACAUUUUGAGAAAAACUGAAUCGUGCUCCGGAACCUUCUGAAUGCAUUUGUUAUUGAAGGAAAGGCCCCACCUGAGAUCCCUGCCACCUUACUGGGAGCACUUUUGUCCGUGUCUGUAACCUCUGCAUUUGUGGCUCUAUCUGUACCUCAGUGUUUUUCAACUGAAGUUGAAUUUUGAAAGGAAUCAGUCCUUAUUUGCUGAAAUGAAGUGCUCUGGAAGGAAUCAGAAUGUGAAUAUCCCCAGCUAUGCAGUCUUUAGUCUGAACAACAGUGUUAUUUGUUCCUUGCUGGUGGACUGGGGGAAUUCUUUUCCUGUCGUGACUGCCAUGUAGGGAGCAGAAGUUUCUCAUCCUGGUCACAUGAAGACAUACAAUGUAAUUGACAGAAAUUGAAUUCCUUUUUUAUCUUCUCUGGGACACUUGAGAAAUUACCAAAGUAAGAUCUGGUAUAAUGGAAUUAACACAUAAAAUGAGUGAAACACUGAAGAUUCAAAUCAGAUGUUUAAAUGAAAUGGCCCCAUAUUUAAAUUGAGCUAAUUUAAAAUGUAUUUUUUUUCCAGUGCUUGACAUUUUCUAAUCUGAACCUAUAUACAACUGAUUCAUUACUGGAAAUGUUUUACUCCAGUCUUUCCUAAACAGUAGCCUAAAGGAAUCAUGUACUUUUAAAAUUUGUUUUUUAAAAGCCAUAAUAAAGGAAGGCUGAGUGCUGAUAAAGAUCACA